ACCAUCCAGACAGCAGGAGCAGCCAUCAGCUCCCAAGACUCACUUCAUCUCGCGCGCACACACCGCCACUUGAUUUCCUCCCAUCACGAAGGAGAGCCCUGUCCUAUCCGACAUAAUUCCCGACGUGCCAAAGAAGGAAAAUUCGGCCCACCGAAUUCCAGCAAAUCGUCUUUAGUUCCGUUUUCCAUGCCGAAUGCGUGUUAAAGAGCGCGCUCACAUCAGGCUGCUUUAUUGCCAUAGCAGCAGCUCGAGCUGCCUGUAGCUGGCACAGGAGCUUCAAGCUAGCGACGAAACAAAGACAACUGACGAAUAUAAACGUCUGCCGAGCAAACCGCUUCGCUGUUCUUUAAGGAGGAGAAAGCAAGACCCCGAAGACAAAAACUGACAUGAUGUUUCCACAAUCCAGGCACUCGGCUUCAUCGCAGCAGCUGAAGUUUACGACGUCAGACUCGUGCGAUCGCAUCAAGGAUGAGUUCCAGUUUCUUCAAGCACAAUACCACAGUCUGAAGCUCGAAUGUGACAAGCUGGCCAGCGAGAAGUCAGAAAUGCAACGUCAUUACAUCAUGUACUAUGAGAUGUCCUAUGGGCUGAACAUUGAAAUGCACAAGCAGGCGGAGAUUGUGAAGAGAUUAAAUGGGAUCUGCGCUCAGGUCUUGCCUUACCUGUCUCAAGAGCACCAGCAGCAGGUUCUGGGGGCCAUAGAGAGAGCCAAACAGGUCACCCCACCAGAGAUGAACUCUAUCAUACGGCAGCUCCAGGCUCACCAGCUGUCCCAGCUUCAGGGUCUGGCGCUGCCCAUGACCCCUCUCCCCCUCGGCCUCAGCCAACAGGCUGGCCUCCCCGCCGUCACCUCCAGCUCCGGCCUCUUCUCGCUCUCCAGCAUCCUGGCCUCUCAAGCCCAGCUGGCCAAAGAGGACAAGAGCGCACGUGAGACCUCCGACAGCCACCGCGAGGAAGACGGCGACAAGUCCGACUAGUCGCCCGCAACAUCUAUUCUUUCAUCCUAUCAUCACCCAAAGCUCCACGUAGAGCAGAGGCACUUGUUCAUCAUUUUUCCUUUUUUUUCUUACAAUCCCUUCAUCUUUCCUCUUGAUUGCCUGUGGACGCCUGACAUCUCUUCUGGUUUGUUCCACCAGCUUUAAGUAUGUAUUUAUACGAUCCAUCUUUUUAUUGUGUUACGGAUGCUCGAUUUGAUUUGAUUUACACUUUCUCUUGCCUGCGUGAAUGUAUAUAUCUAUAUAUAUAUUGUAUAUUUCUUAUGCUUGUAGUGUAAGUGGUCUACAAAAUGGUGUUGAAUCCGUUAAUGGACCAUCGACCCUUCGGUAAUAAUGGUGUUAAACUCUCACCUUUUUGUUUUUUCCGCGCGCUCACUCGUUCCCUCUUAAAAUCUUUCACCUUUUAAAGCUACAAUCCACAAUAGUCGGAUGCACUUUGGCCCCCAGGCUGUAACUCUGAGGCUAAAAGCAACUGGGAUUUCUAAAAACGUGACUGCGGCAUGAUCCAUUAGGAGUAGGGUCGGCGAUACCAUCGCAGGCGGGAUUGCGCAUUAAUCACACCUUAAACUGCAAAACGGUGGGGGCUUGAGACAAAACAGUACGAACGCUGUUGAAAGGAAGCUCGCUAUUAUAGGUCCGUUGACGUACAGUACUGUAUAUCUACCUGUUUGCCUGAUUUCUGACGUGUUUGAAAGUGUUGGACUCUUGUGCUGUCUUAGACAGAGAGAGUGUUAGAUGAUGAGAUGCUAGCUAACCAGCUCACAAAGUGAAAAGGGAUGCUUUUGUUUGGUCGGAUGUUUGUUUUAGUGUCGUCGAUUGUCUACAUGGUGAGAAAUGUAGUCAUGUUGUUUUGCUUAGAAGGUAAGUUGUAUUGCAAACAAAUUUGCGAUAUAUAUGUAUUCGCUAAAUGAGAAGCACCUUCUUUAAACUUUUUUUUAUAUUUGGUAACAUUAUAAGAAGAAUGGGAAAAACUGAGGGGUGAGAAACAAGCCUGAUUAUUACGCUUAUUACGAGAAAGAAAAUAGAAAUUCAGAGCACAUUGCAUUACCUUAAGAGGCCUUAAGGUAAAGAGAUCUUAAGGUUACAGUAAAAGCUUAAAGUUAAAAACGUUUGAAAAGUCAUUUUUUACCAAAAUUAAUGCAUCUUUUGUAAUAUUAAAUUUUACCCACAGGGGGCAGUAAGCCCAUAGCAAGUCCACACUAAAACCCUCAGGGUCACUUUAGUUUGGAGUAUUUUUUUUAAAUGUCCUGUGUUAUUCAUUGCCAUUUUAUUAAACCACUUUCUUAUGGCCCUGUCCAACUUUUAAUAUGUUAAUAUUCAUUUUUAUGUGUAUUUAGAACGACAGAUUCAAGUCAGAUUCAAGAAAUGGCUAUGAAAAACUGUGCUUAGGGUAUUAAAACCGUAUUCUAGUCGUGCAUUUUGUAUUUUCAUGCCAAAGUACAAGUCGUCAUAUUUUUUUAAACCAAUUGCACAUCUUAUAAUUUAGUUGUUCUCAUUUCGCUCUCAGAUUACAGUUAUAAGAAUGAAAACUUGUACACAAGUGGAUGUCACUUGUACAUGUGUCUAGACAAAUCCCCUAAAACUCAUUGGGACGCAUUUGAGUAACGCAAGCAAAACAGAUUUUCGCAUAAAUAAAACCAUUUUAAGAACUAUUUGUGACCCUGGACAACAAAACCAGUCUUAAGUAGCACGGGAACAUUUUUAGUAAUCGGCAAAAAUACAGGGUAUGGGUAAAAAUUAACGAUUUUUCUUUUUGCCAAAAAUCAUUAGGAUAUUAAGUAAAGAUCAUGUUCCAUGAAGAUAUUUUAUAAAUUUCCUACUGUAUAUGUAUAAAAACUUUAUUUUUGUGAGUGGAUGGCCUGCUACAGUGCCUCAGAUUAACAACUUCAAAGGCGAUUUUCUCAAUAUUUUGAUUUUUUGCACCCUCAGAUUCCAGCUUUGUAAAUAGUUGUUGUUCCGCCAGAUAGUGUCCUAUCCUAACAAACCAUGUAUCAAUAGAAAGCUUAUUUCUUCAGCUUUCAGAUGAUGUAAAAAUCUCAAUUUAAAAAAAUUGACCCUUAAGACUGGUUUUGUAAUCCAGAGUCACAUUUAUGCGCAUUGUGUGUAUAAUACUAUUCUUGUGGCGUUACAAUGUUCUAAAACAAUUUUUUAAACAAUUCUGGUUCCUUCUAAUCACAUCUAGUGUUAUAUAAGUGACUCUUAUUAAAUGAAUUUCAACAUUUUUACAUCAUAUUGGUUUGCAAGUUGUUUGCUUGUAGUUGCUUCAGAAUGGUUUCAAUUUACUUUGUAAUUCAGACUUUCAAACUAUGUCGGAGAAUUGUCUAAUAAAUUGUGCAAAAAUAUUUGGUUCCUAAAAGUGAUUUCAUCUGUAAGGAACUUCAAGAAGUUUAAGUGGCCAGAAAACAGUGUUUUGGUGAAUUGCAUAUUAGUGCUUAACAAUUCUGCACUGCAUUUUUUUUAUGGUUGUCGAAAAAUGUUGGCAUAUUCUGUUUGAUACUGUGCAUGUUUUUUUCAAAAAAGAAGUGCCAGGUUUCAUUCUCUACACAACUUGAAGAACAUGAGUGUGGUUGCCACAUUUGGUCAAAUUUGUUGUUUCUCUUACUAUUUUUUUCUUUUUGAAAGAAAGACAAGAAUGAUGCGAAGUAGUGCUCGCUGUGUAACCCCCUAAAGAUUCAGAUCUAGCCGAAUUCAAAGCGUUUUACUAUAAAUGUGGGCAAGAGGUGUACUUGUAUGUAUACGUUAUACAUAGACCUAAAGCUUUAUGUGCAAAUGGAUGCUUUGUGUCAGUCUUGAAUGAUGUUUCUGUGUUUUAGAGGCCUCUUUACUCGCGAGGCGCUUGAGAACAGGUUGUCGCCUUUUCCUCGUUUCUUUCUGAACCCUUGACAACCAUUUCCUCCCAGAGCUCAUUGCUUGCCUUUUGCCAUUAUUUUGUUGUAAGCAUUUUGUGCUUUUUAGUUUUAGUUUGUUUUUCAACUUUUCAUUUCAUGUAUAUUGUACAACCAGUGCAAAAUUAAUUGUGUUAUAAAAUAGCUUCAUUCCAUAUUAAAACAAAGUACAUAAACAUUUACUAUACAUAAAUGGAAAUUUUUGCAGUAAGGAAAUGCUUCUGGUGCCUUACAAAUAAAAUCAAUCAAAUCAAUGUAGAAAAUGUCAUGUUGUUGUUAUUUGUGGAUUGUGAACGUUUAUCUAAGCAAGAUUAUUUCUCCCUUAACCAAGAAGUGGAUGUA